AUUUUGUUCAGGAGGUUCAGAGCUUGAAAGAUCUGAGUACUAGCUACAGAGGAAAAUAUGAGAGGGAUGAACGUUCGGCGAGUUUUGGCCGGAAAUCUGGCGCCAGUUUUGGUGGAUUUUCCCGCCGAGGAUCUUAUGAUCGCCGGGAUUCCAGCGAUCAUCGAAAUCAUCAUAGAGAUAACAAGAGCUCACGUGAUUCUAGCAGAGACAGGGAUAGGCAUAGAAACAAAUGGGACCACAGCUACCAUAGAGAUAGAGGAUCCAAAGCAUACUGAUCAUUCGACCAACAUUCUCCAAACAAAUCGUCAAGACUGGACGAAAUUCGUCAUAUUUGACGGAAAUAUUGUAGUCUAUAAAUAGGCCGUCUAGUCGGCCGACUGUUAUAUUUUCACUUUUUUCUUUGUUAACAAAAUUUUUCCACAUAAACCAGAUGAGGAAAUAUUUCGUUUUUUAUUUUUGUUUUCCUUGAAAAAAAAUUUAUCCGUUCUUGUGUAUAAAAUCCCCCCCCCUGAAUAUCAAGUAAAAGAUAUUAAUCAUAUAUUGUUUAAAUAAAACGAGUGUUUCAAAUCAAA